GUGUGUUUAUGUGUUUAUAUUUCACAGAAUAUCCCAGCACUGCCUUGCGGUAAAGCACUCUAUUCAUAUGAAGGCAAGGAACCAGGCGACUUACAGUUUUCCAAGGGUGAUAUUAUCAUCCUGCGGCGCAAGGUGGAUGACAACUGGUACCACGGGGAGCUUAAUGGUUGCCAUGGCUUCUUGCCAGCUAGCUACAUCCAGCUGCUGCGUCCCCUGAGUCAAACCCCACCUCAGGGCAAAGCUUUGUAUGACUUUGAGGUCAAAGACAAAGACCAGGAUAAAGACUGCCUGGCCUUCAGCAAGGACGAGGUUCUGACAGUAAUCAGACGCGUAGAUGAGAACUGGGCAGAAGGCAUGCUGGGAGACAAGAUUGGCAUCUUUCCCAUUCUUUAUGUCGAGUUAAAUGAAACGGCAAAGCAGCUGAUGGAGAUUGACAAACCUAUGCCAGCGAAUGCACCAGGUCCCAGCUCUGAGCCAGCCCCCCUGGGUCCCUGCACUCCCGGUCCCUCCCCCAGUGCGUCGCCGUCUAAUGGAAAUGGCUCCGGCCACAGGAGAGGUGAAGGGAAGAAAAACGCAAAGAAGCGCCAUUCUUUCUCCGCGCUCUCUGUCAGCCAGAGGGCUGCCCAGCUCAACAACAGACACAGCAUGGAGAUCUCACACCCGGUCCUCAUCAGCUCCUCUGACCCCAGAGCAGCUGCUCGCAUUCAGGAUGCAUCUCCUCCAGGUCCCUCUCCAUCCUCAGUGGGGAUACCGCUUCCCCCCAAAGUGGCGUCUCUUACCUCUGAGCUGUUGGCUCAUGCCAAGGUGCAGCUGCCGCUCAACAUAUAUUUAGCUCUAUACGCCUACAAGCCCCAGAAAGCUGACGAGCUGGAGCUAAGGAAGGGGGAGAUGUACCGAGUGACAGAGAAGUGUCAGGAUGGAUGGUUCAAAGGCACCUCACUAAGAACUGCCGCCUCUGGAGUCUUUCCAGGAAACUACGUCACUCCCGUGUCCAGGGCUCCAUUUGGACUUGCAUCUCCUCGAGGUUCGAGUUUGUCCAGUCCAGUCGGAGGAGGGGGAAGUGGGUGCAGUCAAGCGGCGGGUAAAAUCUCAGACCCUUCAUCCCCCGGGUCUCCCGGCCCCUCGUCGUCUCGUCCCGCCACUCCGCUCGUGACCUCAGCAAACUGCGUCAACAGUGUCAGCCCCGCGUCCUCGCCACAAACUGCCGCCGCCCAGCUGAAGAACUGCCUGCGUUCCAGCCAGCAUGUGGCCAAUCAGGCCCGCACGUCAAUGCAGCUGGUCCAUAGUCCACCUGCUGGAAGUCCAGAGCGCCCCACUGUGUCCAUCUCCCCACUGCGUCCUCAGAACUCCUCUCCCUCACGUUGCGCUGGCCAGUCGGCUCGUCCCCUCUCCAUGGUGUCUCCAGGACCCAGCUUAGGCCCCUCCCCGCUCUCCUCCCCGGCUUCACGGCCCAUCCUCCCCCUCUCCUCCCCUCUCUCCUGUCUCACACCUCCCAACGUCUCUGCCGUGUUUCUCAACGGUGAGCCAGCCAGUCCGCUGCAGCCGCCUUCUCCUGGUCCCUCCCACGCUCCCACCCAGGGGGCUCUAGCACCCAAAGUGGAGAAGAAGGAGAGAAAAGCAGCAGGCUUGCUAAAGCUCUUGUCAGGGGCUGCGGCCAAAAAGAAACCACGCUCACCCACGUCCUCUCCACCCACACACGACCCCUCGCAGGCAGGCCAGGGGGCCGGGGCCACAGAGCCAACCCACCACUUUCACCACCACGGCCGCUCGGGCUCCUGUCCGAUGGCGUCUCAGGGCCGAGCCGGCUCGUGCCCAAUCGAGAGUGAUAUACCGGGGGCAAUAGGGCUGGAGCCGCUGCACAGGAAGUCCGGUUCCCUGGAUACCAACUUCCCCAUGUCGCCCCCAGCAACACGUGCUGGCAACGCUCUAAUGGUCCUCCGGCCUGAGCCCAAACCUUUGUCAAGAGAGAGGUAUCGUGUGGUCGUUCCAUACCCGCCUCAGAGUGAGGCGGAGAUUGAACUGCGGGAAGGGGACGUGGUGUUUGUUCACAAGAAGAGGGAAGACGGGUGGUACAAAGGCACCCUGCAGAGGACGGGACAGACCGGCUUGUUUCCCGGCAGCUUCGUCGAGAGCUUCUAAGCUCCAAGAACGGGACAAAAGAGUUCAACCCCGUCUCUGAGUCACACACAGAAAAAUAUUUCACACAAACACAAGCAGCAUCUACACGGAGGUUGGGCUGAUAUUGGUUUCACAGAUUCUUUUAUUUCUUUACUGGAUCAAAAUUCAUGAAAUUUUAAGUUUCAUUUUCUAACCUGCCUUAAGAAACUAAACUAACUCUUCAACAGUGGAAGGAAAAAGAAUUUCAAAAUGUUCUGUUUUUAAACAUAUCGAGCAAUAUACAAGUUUUAAAUGAAUUCAUGUUUGAAGCAGCCACAGAUCACAACUGCUGUCUACAACUUUCUGAAAUCCAGAUUAGUCCGACCAAUUCACACACACUUCACUAAGCACAUGCAGCCCCUUACACAAUUAUUAGGACCCCUGGUAACAUGUAGAAAGUCUUAAAAUGAAUCUUUUUUUCUUUUUUUUUUGUACUUUAGAAGCAUAAUCUCAUACU